CUAAAGUUUCUCGGCCCCUCUUCUGCCUCCUAGCGGCAUACUGGUGCAACACUCCGAGGCUGCCACUAAAGGAGCACGUUGGUGGAUUGUAGACUGACAAAAUGGGCAUCAAAUUCUUAGAGGUGAUAAAGCCUUUCUGUGCUGUUCUGCCUGAGAUCCAAAAACCUGAGAGAAAAAUCCAGUUCAGGGAGAAAGUACUAUGGACAGCCAUCACUCUCUUCAUCUUCCUGGUUUGUUGCCAAAUCCCCCUCUUUGGCAUUAUGUCUUCAGACUCUGCAGAUCCUUUCUAUUGGAUGAGAGUCAUUAUGGCCUCAAACAGAGGUACCCUGAUGGAGUUGGGUAUCUCGCCUAUUGUCACAUCAGGCCUGAUUAUGCAGUUGCUUGCAGGAGCAAAGAUCAUUGAAGUUGGAGACACACCAAAGGACAGAGCUCUCUUUAAUGGAGCACAGAAAUUAUUUGGAAUGAUAAUCACCAUUGGUCAGGCCAUUGUGUAUGUGAUGACCGGAAUGUACGGCGAUCCCUCUGAGAUGGGGGCUGGAAUCUGUCUACUUAUCAUCAUUCAGCUGUUUGUGGCUGGGCUGAUUGUGCUUUUGCUGGAUGAAUUGCUCCAAAAAGGAUAUGGACUUGGAUCUGGGAUCUCGCUCUUCAUUGCUACCAAUAUUUGUGAGACAAUAGUCUGGAAGGCUUUUAGCCCAACCACUGUGAACACUGGGAGAGGCACAGAGUUUGAGGGAGCAAUCAUUGCACUCUUCCAUCUGCUGGCCACGCGGACAGACAAAGUGCGUGCUCUGAGAGAGGCUUUCUACAGGCAGAACCUGCCCAACCUCAUGAACCUCAUUGCAACAGUGUUUGUGUUUGCUGUCGUAAUAUACUUCCAGGGCUUCAGGGUGGAUCUGCCGAUUAAAUCUGCACGCUAUCGUGGUCAAUACAACACCUACCCCAUCAAGCUCUUCUACACCUCCAACAUUCCGAUCAUUCUGCAGUCUGCCUUGGUCUCCAACUUGUACGUUAUUUCACAGAUGCUUUCCACACGUUUCAGUGGAAACUUCCUGGUUAAUCUUCUUGGUACCUGGUCUGACACAUCAACUGGCGGCCCCGCUCGUGCCUACCCUGUAGGUGGACUCUGUUACUACCUGUCUCCCCCUGAGUCAUUUGGGUCUGUUCUUGAUGAUCCAGUUCAUGCUCUCAUCUAUAUUGUGUUCAUGCUUGGAUCGUGUGCGUUUUUCUCCAAAACCUGGAUUGAAGUCUCAGGCUCUUCUGCAAAAGAUGUGGCAAAGCAACUUAAAGAACAACAGAUGGUGAUGAGGGGUCACAGAGAAACAUCAAUGGUUCAUGAACUGAACAGGUACAUUCCUACUGCUGCCGCCUUUGGUGGACUCUGUAUUGGUGGAUUAUCAGUGAUGGCUGACUUCCUUGGAGCCAUUGGUUCUGGCACCGGUAUCCUGUUGGCCGUCACCAUCAUCUAUCAGUAUUUUGAGAUCUUUGUCAAAGAACAGAGCGAAGUUGGCAGCAUGGGGUCCCUACUGUUUUAGUAAAGCCAACAUUCUCCUACCUUUUUAUAGGACAUACUCCAGCCUUGCUAUUAUUUUGCAUCGAUGUGAAGCACCUGUGUCAUUAGCUGCCCAGUUUCAUGAUGUCUGAGGAGUCUUAACUCAUGCAGGACUCCCAGUGGAGACAGGAUGUAGCAAGGCGGCGGGGCUGCGUCUUUACAUCUACAGUCUUUGCUCCCUGCACAUACGAGUAACACACAGACUGUUAUUUUGGUUUUUUCUUUGUCACUCACUUUUCUGAGUGAGUUGGUGUUGACGCAUCACAAGAUUCAUGUAGAGUUGAGCUUGUGAAAUAAAUGUCAGAAUGUGCUCUGACUGACAGGAGAGCUUGUAAGUAUGCAGGCAUACUCGACUUGGACGAGGGCAGACAGCCACUUGGCAAUUGUCCACAAACACUCAUCUGCUCCCGCACUCUCAAAAAAGAAAGAAAGAUCUUUUUAGCUUAAGUUUCACACCUCCCCCAUCAGCCUUAUCAGGUAAACGUAUGGACCUCAUGAACUGUCAAAAGCUGACACAUACUGUAUACUACAUAAUCUGUUGUGACUUUUAUUUGAACAUUUUUGUAAGAAGGGAUGAGAGGCCUCACAUUGGCAUCUACCUUUCACAAUGCAGCGCUCCAUUUGUGUCUACAGUAUGUGAUUAAUUAGUGCAGUAGUCAUUCACAAAACUGUUGAUAAUGUCUGGUGUUCUUGGUGAGCAGCAGUAUUAGCGAGCAUGUCAUUCAUUUUUGUUAACAGUGUAAGAAAUUAUUUUUUUAAAUUAUCUGUUUAACCAGACUCUCAUUAAUCAGCUUUUCACAUCUGAUGAAUAUCUAUCUGUAAAUAAGCCAUACAGUGAAUAACUUUGAAUUAAUCUUUUGAAUAUGUUUAAAAAAAAAAUGAAUUUCACAAUGAUGUCAAUAAAUUUUCAUUUUGGAACUUUGAAAAAA